AAAAAAAAAAAAAAAGUAAGAAAAAAUUUAUCGACUGAGGUGAGACAGAUUGAUCGUUUUAAUUUGCUAUGGAAGUUGGGUUUAAUCUGGAGGAGACGGAGCUCUGCCUCGGCCUGCCAGGUGGCGGCGCCGGAAGUGAUCCAGUGAUGAAAGCUCCAGGGAAGAGAGGCUUUUCUGAGACCGUUGAUCUCAAACUCAAACUCCAAUCCAACGAAUCUGCUGCUUCGGAUCUGGAUGAGGGCUUGAAAAGCUCUUCCAUGGAGAAAUAUGUGGGUCCCCCUAAGGAUCAUCCACUGGCCCAGCCGCCAGCCAAGGCGCAAGUGGUGGGAUGGCCACCUGUAAGGUCUUUCCGGAAGAAGGCGGCCAUGGCCCAGCAGAAGAGCUGUGAGGAGAAGAGCUUUGUUAAGGUGUCAAUGGAAGGAGCUCCUUAUCUUCGUAAAGUCGACCUCAAGAUGUACAGUAGCUAUCAGGAUUUUUCUAAUGCCCUCACCAAAAUGUUCAGUUCCUUUACUACCGGUGAUUAUGUGGCGACUUAUGAAGAUAAGGAUGGAGAUUGGAUGCUCGUCGGUGAUGUGCCCUGGGACACCAAGGGCCAUGGAAAAAUGCAAGAGCAGGAGCUGAGUGAAGAUUAAGUAUUGAAAAAGUUUGUUUCUUAAUUAUUAUUUUAAAUAUUUAUCCUUUAUAUGUGAGUUUUGUGACUGUCUUUUACUAUGUUGUAGUAUACACAUAUGGAAAAGUAUGUGGACAACUGUAAUGAAGAAGAAGCAAAUGCACUCAUCUGUUAUUAUUAUCUUUUAAAGGCUUUAUUAAUUAUUGCCUUGCAUGCUUAAUAAUUACCUCCUUAUUCUUUUGAUAUAUCAUAUAUCAUGUUAGUACAUGUAUGCUGCCACAGUUGUGUUCUUGUGUAUAUUCUCUUUGCUUCAAAUUUAAG